CGCUGAUUCCGGUUUAGGCAGCAGUAGCAAGCAGGCAACUCGCAGUAUUGCAAGGCAGAGUUUGAGCCAGCCGUUCGUGCAGAAAGCAGCCUCAGUUGCUGAGGUAUUUUCCAAACAUCGAGAGCAGCGUUAUGGACAGUGACGACGACAAUGUGGAGGAGACCGUGGAAGGUCCCUUGGAUGAAGAUAACCAGCCACAUGGGUUCUGUAAAGUUACCUAUUCCUCUAGUGACAGAUUUGAAGGGCAUUUUGUGCAUGGUGAGAAGAAUGGUCGCGGGAAGUUCUAUUUUUUUGAUGGCAGCACACUGGAAGGGAACUGCAUUGAUGAUGCUUUACAAGGACAAGCUGUUUACACCUAUGAGGACGGGAGUACCCUCCAUGGUACCUACAUUGAUGGGGAAUUGAAUGGCAUAGCUGAGGAAUAUGAUUCAGAGGGACACUUGACCUUCAGGGGUCAAUACAGGGAUAAUGUUCGAUGGGGUGUUUGCUGGAUGUACUUUUCGGAUGGAGGCUGCCUUGUAGGAGAGGUGAAUGAAGAUGGGGAGAUGACUGGUGAUAAAAUAGCUUACGUUUAUCCUGAGGGCAAGAUAGCACUGCUUGGAAAAUUUGUUGAUGGGGAAAUUAUCGAAGGACACCUGGCAAUUCUUAAAAGUGUAACUGAGGGGAAACCCCAAUUCGAGCUGACACCAGAUGACUACUUAUUGGCUAAGUCUUGGAGUGUGCUCAAAUUCCAAGCUGCUAAAUGUCCAGUUUACACCUUCGACAAGUCCACCUCUUUUUGCAUUUCUACAAAUUGUCUCCUUCCUGACCCUUAUGAAAAUGAGAGGGUGUAUGUUGCUGAGUCUCUUAUUCCUAAUGCUGGGGAAGGUUUAUUUGCAAAAGUAGCAGCAGAACCUGACACAGUCAUGGCUUUCUACAAUGGAAUGCGGCUAACACAUGAAGAGGUAGAUUCUAGAGACUGGUCUAUCAAUGGGAACACUAUAUCGUUGGAUGGUGAUACUGUGCUAGAUGUUCCUGAGCCUUACAACAGUACAAAACGCUACUGUGCAUCAUUGGGGCACAAAGCAAAUCACUCCUUUACUCCCAAUUGCAGUUAUGCAACGUUUAUUCAUCCUCGGUUUGGACCUAUUAAAAGCAUCCGCACCAUCCAGGCAGUACAGAAGGAUGAAGAACUUACAGUAGCUUAUGGAUAUGAUCACUAUUCUGCAGGCAAGGGUGGCCCAGAAGCUCCUGACUGGUACAAGCUUGAAUUGCAGGCCUUCCAACAUGUUCAGCGGAAAUGAAAUUUAUGCAGCUUUCUCUUUAAGCAGGUAGCAAAAGCAGAAGAAGCUAUGCACUAAAGCUAUAUGGAACUGCCAGAUCAGGACCUUUUAAAAUGCUCUGUUCUAUGAACUAUCAUUCAUCUUGUAUUUAAAUUAGUCAAGGUUUAAUUUUUGCAAAAUACAAUAUAUAAGGCACUUGAGCAAGUAAAUAUACAUUUGCCUUUAGCACAUGAAAGUUUGUUAUGUAGCAGUAAACACUAUUAACCUACUAAUUGCACAAUGUAGCUUGUCCUACUUGGCAGUCUUAUGAGCAGUGUGCAAUUUUCUAAAAUGGUUCAUGAACAGCUGGAUACUCUUGGCCAUUUUUACUGUUUCAAAUUAAGGUGGUUUUAGCCAAACCUAACUCUCCACGUACUGUUUAUGGGUUUAUAGUGUUCACCUCCUAAACUUUGUUGAAACACCAUCAUUAACAGCUGUUAAACUUUUAGUUAACCUGAUUGUGACUACUGAUCACUAAAUCAGCAUCAUUCAGUGUUGUCACUGGGGUUUCAGUGAAAGCUAACACAGGCUUGUGUAAUUUUUGUACCCUGUCCACUAAUUGUGAAUAACACAUAGCACAGUUAGAUGAAGUUUGUCCUCUGAAAGUUAGUUUGUGUCUGGAGUAAGCAUUUUGAGUUACAUAUCAAUAUCACUAGGAUGAAGUAUUGUUAUUUAUAGGUCUUUUACUGAUAAUUAAUUAAUGAGUUAAGAAUUUUUUUUGAAUAAUGAUUAAGUGCAUUAGCUUGCAUAUGAUUUAUCCUCUGACCUGACUUGGUAUUUAAUACUAAUAUAUGAAAUACAGCUAUUGACAACAAUGUUGCACUCUGGCAUUCAGAUACAGCAGCUUAACUCAUAGUGAAUGGUGUGACAUUGUUGAUAAAGUGUGAGAUGUCAUUUUUUCCAUUUUCUGUUCAUUUCACUAUACUGAGUAAUCAAAGCCAGCAACUGAAGGGAUGCAGCAUUAUCCAAAUAGAGUAUUCUUGUAAUAAUGUGGAAACAUUAUUUCAAAUAGCAUUUAAUCUUGCUUCAGGUGUAAAGCUAUAAUCUUGGCCACAAGCAAGCAAGCAUUUUUUUUCUAGAGAACAGUAGCACAAUCUAAACUUUUGUUUCAGUACAAUGCUUUUUCCUGAAAGCUUGACUAGUUAAGCUCUGCAUUUUGUAACUGGUGUUUGCAGCCUUACUAAAAUUACAUAGUUUUGCUAAUGUAACUGAAAAAAAGCUUCACUGGUGAGAGUACGAGAGAAUGGAGUUAUUCCAAAAGUUUACAGAUUUCCCGCGAGUAUUCUGAUUGUGUGUAUUCUUUUAGUGUAAUAAUAAAUGAAAAUGUAUGCAUUUUAUAAGAGUGUCUGGGUGAGCAUGAGAAUUGUUUUGGUUGGGGGCGGGAAAGCAUUUAUAAUAUGUUUUGGUUUUGACAAACUGAAUUAUGCUGUAAUCAAUAUAUGAAGUUAAUAACUUGGUAUAGGAUAACAAAAUUUGUUUUCUAAUGGUCAUUUAAACAAAAGUGGUAAAUUGUGAAUACAUGGAUUUUUACCAUAAAGAUAGGAACAUGUGGAGAAGAACAAAUCAUGGAUCGAAUUGAUCUUAAACAUGUAAUAUAUAUAUAUCAAUAUUUUGAUGAUUCUGACUGUGCAUGAUUUGUUUUCAAACAUGAAAUAUCACUUAUUUUAAGCCUCACCUUGUUAGUCAUUUUUCUGCUUCAGAUCAGUUUAAUUUCAUUCAAAAUGAGGGAAGGAUUACAGUAUUUCAGAAUAAAUGUAAUGUACCUUUUCAUCUUUCUACAGCAUUGUAGUGUAUCCUUAUUAAUGGCCUUUGUGGAGUUGUCAACAUAUUGAACAUCAAAACCUGGUGCAGAACUUCUGCAUUGCUGAAUUAAUUCAUAUUAUAGCAGUAGGUUGUCAGUGGCAAUAAAUGCUCCAAGCUUA